AUGUCUUGCCCGAGGCACAGUCGGUGCAACAUCCUGCAGCCUGCGCAGAUCUUCCAGGGACACGAUGAGCAUGCAGGGGUCACAAGCAUACACGAGAUUUCACAGAAUUUAGCGCACAUCCUUCAUGAAGUAGCCAGCAUCAGACGUCUCGGUGACCAAGUGCAGCUCUUGAGGAAAGAAGUUGAAUCUCUGACUGAAGGUGUUGACUCAGUGUCAAAGGUCACUUCGCAGUGCAAGAUUCGGGUUGACGAGACAGGCGGCAAGCUGGAAGAUGUGAUUAGAGGCUUGUCAGACUUCACCUCUGACGUGCACACUUGGAUCCACAAUGGAGAGGGGGAUGAGGAACCAACAAAAUCAAGCGCAAUGGAUGACUCGGCUGGCGACGAGGGCGGCGCGGAAGUACCUUCCAAAGCUCUUGAUUGGAUGCAGUACAUUGACGAGACAGGGAUCAGUCUUGGGUUCGAAUAAGGUUCAUGUAAGCAGAACAGUUGAGUUGCUGGCCAAUCAAUUCUUCUUGCGCGACCCGGGAAUCUGGUAACGAAGCCAAUAGUGUGGCC